AUGAAGACCAACAGAGCUCCGUCUUCUCCAGCAGCUUCACCCGUCUCCAUCAGACAUGUCGGCCUCUGGUUCUUCUCCCACAGCCUCGCCGUCCGGCAGCCUGCUGGUUGUCACAAAGGUCGUCCAAACCGACACACAUAUUUUACCUCCACCUCCUCCACCUCCACCGCCUCCGGGGACGACCUCCAUCCUCCCUGCAAACAACUACACCUGCAACAAAGGACGACCCGUCCUCUUUGGGAUGGUGCAGGUCAUCGCCGCUCUGUCGAUCCUCACAUUAGGAAUCCAGAUGUUGUCAGAUUCAGAAAACUGUCCGUUUCCAGCGGCGCCUUCAUCUGGGGGCCGGUGGUGUUCAUCACAGCUGGAUGUCUGACGGCGGCUGCUGGGAUGUCACCGAGCAGCUUGCUGAUCAAAUUGGCUGAAGGCUUCAAUAUUUUUGCAGCAUUGACUGCAAUUGCCACCGUCUGCAUCUUCGUCCUGGAUACUUCUGGCGUUAUGAUCACCACAUGGCCUCCCGUUGGAAACAAUUUCCCAGAUGAGGCUCCGUACUCAGGUAUUGCAAGUAUUUUAUGCUUCGUGGAGUUUACCAGCUGCAUGCAAGUUUCCUUUGGCUUGUGCAGAGAUUGCUGUAACCUCAGAGGUCAGAGGCCUCCGGCGUACAGCAGCAUCGUGAGCCAUUGCCACGAAGUCUCCACCUCAGAACCUCCAUCACUUUGUGUAGAUUUAGAGCACAAAUAUGAUUAACGCAGCAGUGAAAGCAAUUUAUUUACAACAAGACGCUGUUUCAUCAGGAGCUGAAGAUUAAAUUCUUGCAGAGAACGGAACACUGAUGUUAUUAAGAUGAAGCUUCACGUCACACUGAUCUGAUUUAGUCCAACACUUAACUGAUCACAUCCAGAUAUUUACGGAGAAAUCUGAUCAAAUAUGUUCAUUUACUGAAACUGAGCUCAGAUCAGCUGAUAAAACUGUCAAACUGUUAAAAAGGAAUAUUGUUCCUUCAUAACAGAAACCUUUUGAUGUUUUAAAUGUUUAAUGAAACACCGCUAACUGAAUCAUUAAUCUAUUUUUCUUCUUUCGUCUUGAUUUAAC